AUGUGGAAUGCCUAUUAUGCAGAGAGAUUAGCUGCACGAAAACGUAGUGUCAUAACCCGAUCUACGUACAAACUCUCACCAUUUGUAGUUGUACCUCCAGAGGAAUACAUCAAUCCAGCUAGAAAACUUCGCUCAAAUCGCUCUCCCUUCAAUAAUGCACCACCCUCUCCUUCAUGGGAUGAGUUGGCAAGAUCAUCAGACGAGGCAUCCUUAAAAUCACCAACAGUCACAAGCCCUACAAGAUCAUUACUCAUCAGCAGAGAAAUCCAGGAUAGUAUCCCAUCAUUUAGUGUACGCCUCCCUUCUUUUCGUGAAGGGUCAAGCCUCGAAUCGACUGGCAAUAUCCUUGAAAAAAGUUAUUCCAAAAGAAGAUUGGCAGAUUCACCUAACGAUCAUGAUAAAAGCAAGCGAUUUCGUGAUGAAGAUUCAUACUUAUCCCAAAGUCAAGUUCUCACCAGUCGUGUAUACUCGGUACACAACCAAACGAUAGAACAAGAAAAUGAAAGUAUCCGCGUACAAGAGUCAAGCAAUCCACCAGAAUUUAUCGGCGUAUCAGAAGUGGAGAUGAGAGAAUUAGCCCAAAUGUCAAUUAAAGAUAUGUUUGGAAAUACAUCUGUUCAAGAACAAAAUAAAUCUUAUGAUCAGGGUACUGAAAUACAAAAUGAAGACAUCAUAAACAUCACAUCAGAGCAUAUAAAACCAUCAAAAUCCCAAUUAUUGCACGGAUCGUUGCCUGAACAGUUGCCUCAACUUCAACCUCAAUUAAACCUUGAAUCUCAAUCUCAAUCCCAAACGCAAAUUGAAUCAGAAUUAAACAGAGAAAAAGAACAUAAUGAAGUCACCCCUCAUGAGCAGCAAUCAACUGAAAUACAAGAAGACUUUGAACAGGACAUGUGGUCUAUUCCGCAGCUGGACUAUGGAUCUCCCGAACCAAUGAAUAUUGAAACAGACCAAUUGGAAGGUGCAAAUAUAGAAUUAACUAAUGAAGCACGCCCCGAAGAAGAACCAGUUGUAAUAGACCAUACCUCACCAGAAGGAGAGAAGUCGAAUAUUAAUAAUGAAACUCAACACCCGCAAGCAGGUGAACCGGAAGUGGAUAUGGAUUUAGAUAUAGAUUUCCAAACUGAUGGAAUACCAGAGCAGCCACUACCAGAUCAGUCAGAAGUUCGAGAGCAGGUCACAACAGAGGUACCCCAAAAGCGUGGCAGAGGAAGACCACCCCUAGUACCGAUGGAUGAUAUACUUGGGAAUGAGCUAGCUUCAUCUGGAUCUAUAGGUGCACCCCCUGAAUUAGAUCUCGACACUUUUAUUAAAAAACAUACCGAUCUAUUGGAAGCAGCAGCGGAAGAGAGAGAAAACAAAGAACAGGCAGUGGAUGAGAUUAGACACAUCUCAGGUCCUGUAUUUGAUGAAGUAUCGAUGUUUUUCCUUCUAUAUAGUAAAAACAUUACCAAUACACAGAGACGAGAUUUGGUAUCUCGAUUCGGAUCAAUUAUUGUGGAUGAGCUUGAAGCACUGACUACACUUUAUACCGAAUAUUUGAAGGCAGAAUGGAUGUUGCGACGGGAGAAGUACUUACUCAGAAGACUUCGUACAAAAUUAUUAGAUAUUAGGAUGAAGCAAAGUGGGUGUAAAAAUGAACAAGCAGUGCUCAAAAGACAUCUGGAGGAAAAUGAUUCAAAACGAGUAACUCUUUCUGGAUUAGGCCAUUUCUUUGACCACAUUAAAUCAAUACGGGCUCAAGUGGUAGAAUCGGAUGAGCCGAUUGAAGAACAGCACUGGUCGGCUUAA